AUGGACGCGCAUACUGAAGAAGACGUACCGCCCGCAGCUCAAAAGUCCAUUUUCUCACGCCCAGAAGAAAGGAGGAUCAGGCGGCACUUGAUCUGGAUCGCAGCCGCCCUCGACGCCAUCGCGAUAGCCAUCAUUAUCCCCCUCUGCGUUGGCGGCUGGGUUAACGAGGGUAUACGGGCUGGCGCAGCCGUUUACAGCAGAGACGUCUACCUCGUCACAUGGUCGGCGGCAUUUCGCAGAAGUGAAAGUCAGCGCGAAAGUACAUUCGCGUUGACCUGGUUCAUGAGCAGCUGCUGCUUUGAGGAGAUGUACGUUGACAGGGAGUACGCGCUGGCAGGCUGCAUCCGUAGGAUGCCAGGCAGCGUUUUUGACUUACAGCGCAUCAAAUCGGACCUUUCACAAAAGCUCUAUGAACCGAAUGGAUAUGGACCAUCGGAAGGCCAUUUCGAGUGGUCAACAAACGCCACCUUCACUGGUGCGAGCACAGUUGGCUCGAUGAAUGCUCUGUCGUCGUACGGCAUCUUUUUGGCAAUUACCCUCGGCACCUGGAUCUUCCAGAUAGUCGCCAAGAGAAACGAAGUGAUGCUGAACGCACCACACUGGAGAGUGGUCAUGGCUGCACAUGCUCUCGCCCUCGUCGCUUUGCUGGUGGCUUCGAGCAUGAUAACGGCAGCUGCACACAAAGCCAACGCUGCUUUCGGGGACUAUGAAGACGUCUUUCCAUACCACGCGGUUGGUUCGUCAUUCAAGGCCAUGGCAUGGUGUGCCUUCAUCAGCCAUCUCCUUGGACGUCUCGUAUAUGCUGCGUCGGUGAAAAUGUGGGAUCGACUGCAGAAUCUGGACCUGUACCCGCCAGAGCCUGAAGAUGAAUUCGAACGCUUAAGGAGAGAAACCCGGGGGCCGGGACCAUAUCGGCCACCACGAUCGCAGCAAGCGCCAGUCCACCGAGAAGCCGAUGCAAACGCCGUUGACGACGAGCUGCCGCCUUACUCGAGAAUCGACCCUAACGAAGGGAGACUUAUCGCAGGAGAGCCCACGCAGCCUGGAAGUCGUGAGGAACCUAUCGAGUUAACCCACUUCAGAGACGUCCGGAAUCCUCCACUUGAGGACCACGGGAGCAACCCGGCUCCUGCAUAUGAGCUUCAUGAAUGGCCUUCAAGUCAAACAGCGCCACGUCAAACAUCAUAG